UCUCGCGUCCCGGCGGCCUGGUCGGGGCGGGGAGCAGGGAAGAACCUUCGGCCUCCUCCUCCCGCGCACCGCCGCGGGGCCUGGCCUGGCCUGCGGUGUGGGCUGCGCGCCGCUCCUCCGGUCGCCUCUGGGAAAAGGUGUUACGGAGUCGAGUUUUUGUUCCCCGGCUGCCUUUACUGUCCGCUUCGGUGCAAGUCCUGCUCUGUCGGCGGCUGCCUUGGACUGUGCCCGAAUGCAACUUAAGAUGCGUGUUGUAAGAAAGUACGCUUUCUGCUCACUUCUGAGGAAAAAAGCCCCAGUUGUGCAGAAUGAUCUUGGUUGUGAGCAAAGCGUGUCCCUAGGGCUAACAACACAUGGGGUCGUGCCAUCGUAGGGCAGUGUGAGUUGGAUGAUGAUUGUUGGUGUUCAACGCUGUUCAUAGAAUGUUUUCUGUAGAGGCUUUGUGGUUUGUUGCAAAACCUGAGGGCUGUGGUAUGUCUGUGCAAGGUUGUAGAGUGAUACGUGAUGCCAAAUUUAAGCUAAGGGGAAAUACUGCCCAGCUGGGGCUUAAAUUACCAGGAGAAUGAUUUUUCCAGAGGUGCUGACUCAACGUCUUCCUAUCUGCAGGGAAAAUACGUGAAGCCUCUGGCUAGGUGGAUCAACUCCAAAAUGUUAUCUCAGUGUCUGUGCGAAGUUUACAAAUGUUUGUUUCUGCGCAACUUAAAACUGAAUUCCAUAAAUGUGGCUACUUUGGCCAGAAGGAUCCAUUUUUCCGCAAAAAAGCUUUCUGACUGUGAGCUAAAGGAGCAAACUGUCCAGAAAUGUGAAACUGAAGAGUUGCCUCAAAGUACGGAAAACAGUAAUUUUGGAAGAUUGCACAUACCAGUGAUGCUGGAGGAGGUUGUUAAUUGUAUAUCCCCCCAGCCAGGUCAGUGUUUCCUUGAUAUGACGUUUGGAGCCGGAGGUCAUACUACAGCUCUUCUAGAGAAAGCCAGCGACAUUACAAUAUACGCACUAGACAGGGACCCCACAGCUUAUAAAAUAGCUCAGCAGCUUUCAGAAUCAUACCCGAUCCUAUAUCUUAAGUCACUGAGCUACAAGAUUAUUAAAGCUCAAGCUGCAGAAAUAUGCCCAAAGAUAUGGUUGGAAGAGGAGAAUAGGAAACAGAUUCGAGCUCUUCUAGGACAAUUUAGCCAGUCAGAGGCUUUGUUAAUCUCCUCUGGAGUUGAGCCAGGGACUCUAGAUGGAGUCCUCUUGGAUGCUGGCUGUUCUUCCAUGCAAUUUGAUACACCCGAAAGAGGUUUUUCCCUGCAGAAGGACGGACCUUUGGACAUGAGGAUGGAUAGUGACAGGUACCCUGACAUGCCCACUGCUGCUGAUGUUGUGAAUGCUUUAGAUCAACAGGCGCUUGCGUCCAUCCUGAGAACAUACGGGGAGGAGAGGCACGCCAAGAAAAUCGCUUCAGCCAUCGUUCAGGCACGCAGCAUAUACCCCAUCACCAGAACUCAGCAGCUUGCAAGCAUUGUUGCAGGUGCUUUUCCAGCAUCAGCACUGUAUGCACGAAAAGACUUGCUUCAGAGACCUACGCAUGUUGCUACCAAAACUUUUCAAGGCCUGCGAAUAUUUGUAAACGAUGAGCUCCAUGAACUCUUUAUAGGGCUGAAGACAGCUGAGAAGUUUCUAAAACCUGGAGGUCGCCUUGUAGCUCUCUCCUUUCAUUCACUAGAAGAUCGUAUUAUCAAACGUUUUCUUCAUGGAAUAGACAUGACAGAAAAGUACAAUCUUAGCUCAAGGCAGAAGAUAAGACAGGGUCUGAAAAAUUGCUCCAGAAAAGAAGAUGCACAAGAAUCUCCCCAUGGAAAAUCCAACUCAAAGUGGAUUUUGUUACAGAAAAAAGUUCUGACACCCCAGGCCAAGGAUAUUCAAACAAACCCAAGAGGAAGGUCGGCCAAGCUAAGAGCUGCUAUUAAACUCUAAAGCAAAAUAUAUGAUUAUAUAAUUGUAUAAUUUCCUUAAAUUUUGUUUUCCAGAAGGCUAACUGGACAGAUAGUAUCAAUCUGAAAAAAUAAAAUGAAGUCUGUUAGAAAACA